AUGGCCUGUAACAGCACACCCACCAAGACUUACGAAUAUCUGCUGCUGAACGUGAGCAACGCUUCGGACUCCCAGCCCACCCCGCUGUCCACCCCGCUCAGGAUCUCGUUGGCAAUAAUGAUGAUGAUGAUGAUGGUGGUUGGAUUUCUUGGCAACACGGUUGUCUGUAUCAUCGUGUACCAGAGACCCGCCAUGCGCUCUGCCAUCAACCUGCUGUUGGCCACCCUGGCCUUCUCAGAUAUCAUGUUGUCCUUAUGCUGCAUGCCUUUUACCGCCAUCACUCUUAUCACUGUCCGCUGGCACUUUGGGGAUCACUUUUGCCGCCUGUCCGCCACGCUCUAUUGGUUUUUCGUCCUGGAGGGCGUGGCCAUCCUGCUCAUCAUCAGCGUGGACCGCUUUCUCAUCAUCGUCCAGCGCCAGGACAAGCUGAACCCCCGCAGGGCCAAGGUGAUCAUCGCGGUGUCCUGGGUGCUGUCCUUCUGCAUCUCGGUGCCCUCGCUCACAGGCUGGACGUUUGUGGAGGUGCCCGCGCGCGCGCCGCAGUGCGUCCUGGGUUACACCGAGUUUCCAGCCGACCGCGCCUACGUGGUGACGCUGGUGGUGGCCGUGUUCUUCGUGCCCUUCGGGGUCAUGCUGUGUUCCUACAUGUGCAUUCUCAACACCGUGCGCAAGAACGCGGUCCGUGUGCACAACCAGUCCGACAGCCUGGACCUAAGGCAGCUCACCAGGGCCGGCCUGAGACGGCUGCACCCGCGCCGGCAACAGGUCAGUGUGGACUUGAGCUUCAAAACCAAGGCCUUCACCACCAUCCUCAUCCUCUUCGUGGGCUUCUCGCUCUGCUGGCUGCCACACUCCAUCUACAGCCUCCUGUCUGUGUUCAGCCGGAGGUUUUACUACAGCUCCUCCUUCUACACCACCAGCACGUGCGUCCUGUGGCUCAGUUACCUCAAGUCGGUCUUCAACCCCAUCGUUUACUGCUGGAGGAUCAAGAAAUUCCGCGAGGCCUGCCUGGAGUUGCUGCCCCAAACCUUCCAAAUCCUUCCCAAAGUGCCUGAGCGGAUCCAAAGGAGAAUCCAGCCAAGCACAGUUUAUGUGUGCAAUGAAAACCAGUCUGCCGUGUAG